AUGAUAGGGACAUUUGAUCCUCAACCACCACAUAAGUGGCUGACUCUACCAGAUAUAGGUUACUUGAUAACGAAUCAUUAUAAUGUUGUACUUGUUUGUUUAGGAUUUGAAUGCUGGACUUUCUUCCCUAUGACAACUUCAUUUUCACCAAAUGUAUCAUUUUACUGCAUUGGUUUUGUAAACACAAAUCACUGGGUUCAGGUAAACAUGAAAGAAGAGUUUCCAUUGCCACUAGUGACAGUAGAUUGA